ACCGAUAGUCGCGUCAAACAUCGACUUGCAACUUAUUUGAAAACAUCGAUGUUUCUCCACCUCUAGUGACACGACAGCGAAUUUAAAAGCGAAAGUUGCAGGAAAGUUGCCCAAAAGUCAGGACCAGGACAGGACAGGAACGAAGGACCCGCUCGCAGGAUGCCGCACGCAAUCGACGACCUGCAGGCGAUCAUCGCCGAGCUGAAGACUGAGCUAGAGGAGCAGAAGACCGCCGCCGGCAGCAGCAGUCGCCUGGUGCGCGACCGCAUCGAUCGGAUGUCCGCCGAGGUGGUCGACUCGAAUCCCUACAGCCGCCUAAUGGCCCUGCAGCGGAUGAACAUCGUCCAGGACUACGAGCGCAUCCGCGAGAAGGCUGUGGCCAUCGUGGGCGUGGGCGGCGUGGGGAGCGUCACCGCCGACAUGCUGACAAGAUGCGGCGUCGGCAAACUCAUCCUGUUCGACUACGACAAGGUGGAGCUGGCCAACAUGAAUCGGCUGUUCUUCACGCCCGACCAGGCGGGCCUUUCGAAGGUGGACGCCGCCGCCGCCACACUGAGCUUCAUCAAUCCGGACGUGCGGAUCGAGACGCACAACUACAACAUCACGACGGUGGACAACUUCGAUCGCUUCCUGGACACGAUCUCGCAGAGCGGACAGGUUGCUGGCCAGCCUGUGGACCUUGUGCUCAGCUGCGUGGACAACUUUGAGGCCCGCAUGGCCAUCAAUGCAGCCUGCAACGAGCGCAACCUCAACUGGUUUGAGUCGGGCGUGUCGGAGAACGCCGUCUCGGGUCACAUUCAGUUCAUCCGUCCGGGGGACACCGCCUGCUUUGCCUGCGCUCCUCCUCUUGUGGUGGCCGAGGGCAUCGACGAGAAGACCCUCAAACGGGAGGGCGUGUGCGCCGCCUCGCUGCCCACGACCAUGGGCAUCACCGCUGGCUUCCUCGUCCAGAACGCGCUGAAGUACCUGCUGAACUUCGGCGAGGUUUCCGACUAUCUGGGCUACAGCGCACUCACCGACUUCUUCCCCAAGAUGACGCUCAAGCCGAAUCCGCAGUGCGACGACAGGAACUGCGUGGCCAGGCAAAAGGAGUUCCAGGCCAAGCCCAAACCGGUGGUGGUUAAGGAGGAGUCGAAAGUCGAGGAGCCGCUGCAUGCCACCAACGAGUGGGGCAUUGAGCUGGUGGCAGAUGAUGAACCCGAAGAAAGCGCACCGCCUGCGAAUAGCUCUGCUGUUGGCGAAGGUCUCAGACUCGCCUACGAGGCCCCCGAAAAACUGAGCGAAGAUCGAGGAGAUACUGAAGCUGCUCCCGCGGACGAAUCCAGCCUCGAGGAUUUGAUGGCGAAGAUGAAGUCCAUGUGAAUUGAUUCCAUACUCCGUAUUUAUAGGCACUCUUUUGUAAAACAUGUUUUGUAUUGGCCCCGUUUUGAAUCCGUGAAACGUGGCUCAGCCAUUUUGGAUUUCAUUGAACAUAAAACACACGGUUUUGUGCAGAUGAAUAAAUGUUAUUUUUUUAAAUAUGAUGUGCAAAAAAAGGUAGAAUUAAGAGGUUAAAUAGUAAAAUAAAUAGUAAUUAGGGGUCA